AUGCAGUAUUUUUUCGUUACUUCAGUUUGGCUGGAAAACAAACAGCUAAGAAAAGUGGUGCUUGUGAUAUCCGAUAUACAAAGCAAGGAGAUAUUGGAAAGAUGGCAAUUUGACAUUGAGCAGGAAUCUGAAACCGGCGAGAACGGGUAUUGCUUCAUCCUUACCACUUCUUCGGAUGAGAUGGAGUCCCUUUGCCUCUUCGCUUUUCGAGGGGACACAUCCGUGACGUUUCUUCCGCUGUUAGAAAAGCGUUGUUCGUUCGACGUACUUACUUACACGGGGAAGCAGACGGACACACCAGAAAACUGGACCGAGAGUAGUACAUGCGUGAUCAGCGACGCAGAAGAAAUUCAGUUGCGUUCGUUUUCAACUGGGCUGCACUCUGUUCAUGCUAAAGUUGCCUAUAAGACCUCUAUGUAA